CUCUUGAUUACCAAACAAUAAAAAAUGGCUGCCGAAAACACUUUGGAAAAGCAAAUAGGUUGUGUUAAAUACACUCUAUUCUGUUUCAACAUUGUAGCCUGGAUGAUAGCUACCUCUUUGUUUGCCCUCACCGUGUGGCUAAGAGCUGAACCCGGUUUCAAUGAAUGGCUGCGCAUUCUGGAGGCCCAAUCUUUCUACAUAGGCGUUUAUAUUUUAAUAGCCAUCAGCAUUAUCUUAAUGGCUGUUUCAUUUUUGGGCUGCCUAAGUGCUCUUAUGGAAAAUACCCUGGCUCUGUUUGUGUUUAUAGGCACCCAGAUAUUUGGCUUUAUAGCCUCUACUAUAGGCGCUGCUUUAUUGCUGCAAUACAGCACAGUACAUUCUAGUCUACAACCUUUACUAUUGACCAGCAUUAACCGUUUUGUUAGUACCUCGGAAUAUUCCUAUUCCUCCUAUGUACUCAAUAUGAUACAAGAAAAUAUUGGUUGUUGUGGUGCUACCGGACCCUGGGACUAUUUGGAUUUACGUCAACCUUUGCCCACCUCCUGUCGCGACACUGUCAGCGGUAAUGCCUUUUUCAUUGGUUGUGUUGAUGCCCUGACCUGGUUCUUUGAGGCUAAAACAUCUUGGAUUGUGGCCUUAGCUUUGGCUUUGGGCUUGCUUAAUGUUAUAUGCGGUGUUAUGAGUUUGGUUUUAGUACAAGCUGUUAAGAAGGAGGAGGAUGAAGCUCGAGCCUAUAGGCAUUAAUUAGAGAGCAGUACAAAUAAGCUCUCUUCAGUUUUUAAUUACAUACACAUUAAGUUUAAGCCGUUUAUACAUACAUUUUCAAAACUUGCAUACAAAAACAAAACAAAAAUAACAUAAAAUGCCGAAUGAACUUCUUUAUACAACAUCCAUCAUUAUACUUUAGUUUUGUAUUUAAUGAUAAUGAAGUAUUUUAUACAAUUAUUUAAUUAAGUUUUAAAGAACAUCCUUUUUUUUGAAUAAAAAUAAAGAAAAUAUUUUGAAAUUCUUCUAGGAAUAUGGAAGAAUUUCAAAAACGAAAAA